AUGAAUAGCAUCGUUUUCCUUUUCAUCCUAGGCCUGGUACAAUUUCUCAGCAGCACAACUGCUAGUAGUACUACAAGCGAUGGCAAACCCUUUCCCCAUAAAUUCCCUGCCAUUCUGAUAUUUGGAGAUUCCACUGUCGAUCCAGGGAAUAACAACUACAUAUUGACAGCAUUUAAAGGAAAUCAUCCACCAUAUGGGAUUGACUUUCCAGGGCAGAUUCCGACUGGGAGGUUUUCCAACGGGAAACUCGUCCCAGACUUGUUGGCCUCCAUGCUAGGCCUCAAGGAAUCCGUCCCUCCUUUCCUGCAGCCAAGUAUAUCAGACAGGGAAUUGCUGACAGGGGUCAGCUUUGCUUCAGGAGGGUCAGGGUUUGACGAGCUAACAACUGCUGUUUCUGGGGUGAUCUCAAUGUCAAGGCAAAUUGAAUAUCUUAAGGAAUAUAUAGAGAGGCUGAUCAAGAUACUGGGAGAAAUAGAGGCUCAAAAAAUAGUUGGUGGAGCCUUAGUCAUAGUAAGUGCAGGAACCAACGAUUUUAUCUUCAACUUCUAUGACAUACCCACCAGAAGGCUUGAAUUCAGCGUCAGCGGCUAUCAAGAUUUCCUGCAAAAUAAAUUGCACGACUUUAUUAAGGAACUAUACGAUCUUGGAUGCCGGAAAAUUAUUGUUUCAGGGCUUCCCCCAAUUGGAUGUCUGCCGAUUCAGUUGACGGCGAAGCAUUCCAUUUUGAGAAGAUGUGUCGAUAAGGAAAACUUGGACUCUCAAACUUAUAAUGACAAGCUCCAAAAGCUGCUCCCCAGAGUACAGGAAACUCUCCCAACAACCAAAAUCCUUUAUGCGGACGCGUACGCUCAACUAAUGGACAUGAUAAAAAAUCCUCAAGAAUAUGGAUUUGUGGAAGCAACGAGGGGGUGCUGUGGCACUGGAAUACUGGAAGCAGGACCUUUGUGCAAUGUGGGCACUCCAAUUUGUCCCAACCAUUCUCAGCACAUAUUCUGGGACAGCAUUCAUCCUAGUGAAUCAACUUACCGCUACAUUUCAGAGCAAUUGCUGAAGGAACUCCUUCCCAAGUUAUCGCAAACAGAAGACAGCUGUUGAAUUGUAUCUGAUUCUCAUUUCUUUCAACUUUCCUGUUCCUUCUUUCUCUUUAGAGUAAUGCUGAUACUGUUGUGGCUGUUAGAACUUAAAUAAUCAUCGAAUUGGCUAAUAACAACAUCUACAGACCCGAAGCUGGAUGGCAACUGCGACG